UACGCGCCGUAGCUGCCAGUGAACAUGGCGGAUGAAAACGUAGAAACGGAGCUCGAUUGGAGCGGCCAGGCCAGCCUGCUCGACGAGGAAACAUUUUUCGCAAUGGAGGGCUUGCAGGCCACCCUUCAGCAACACGAGGCCGAGCUUCGGCAGCAAGAUAUUUCCGAAGAAUCGUCCACGGAGUAUUGCAAUAACUUCUGCCAGGCUCUAAUGCACUAUGCUGGGAGCAGAAAUUCAGUGGAACAUGGAUUGCCUCUGUUGGAAGUCUACUGUCUAUCCAUAAACUGUUUUGCAGCUGCCAGGCCACAUCUCACAGCUGACUCCCCAAAUGUUGCCCUUGUGCUCAAAAGACUAGCAUUGAGCUGCCUUGAAUUGUUGUUGUCAGUGCCUCAUAAUGAAAUACCUUAUGAAGCCUGGCUGCAGUUUCAUGGUUCAGUUCAGGCGGCCCAUGAGGCCAUGCUGGAGUAUGGCAGUACAGAUUUGCAGGCCCUGCUGAACAUAACAGGAGAGGGUGGAGCAUGGAAUAACCCUGUCCUGGUCUCUCUUCUUACCGGCCAGCCAACAGAACCUGAUGCGGUAAAUGCCUAUCUUGCUUUGGAGGGAGAGGGUUUCAUGGAAAUGAGGAUCAAACACCUGGAGAAAGUAGGGGAGGUAGAGAAAGCCCUGAUCCUCAACAAAGCCUGUGCUAACUGUAGCCUCAUGCCCAACCAGUCCACCUUUCGGCAAACCUUUGUCACCCAACUGUGCCAACAGCUCCCUAGUGAGGAAGCAAUUAUAGAGAUUUCUAGAAUAGAUGGGAAAGAUGUCCUGGACAUUAUUUGCAACAUGGACACUGAAGGAGAUGAGAACACAGCCUUGAUCUUGUGCACCACCUAUUUGACACAACAGCUACAGCAAGAGAGCUUGUGUUGCACCUGGGAGUUAAUCCUUCUUUGGAGUAAACUACAGAGAAGAAUUGAUGUGUCCCUUGAAUCAUUUCUUGAACGGUGCCUGCAGUUUGGCGCUAUUGCCAAGAAUAUCUACCAUCUCCUUUUCCUCAUUCGUGUCAUUCAGACAGAGACAAUGCACCUUGGCCUAGGAGUAUCAGUUGAACUUUGUGUGAAGGCUCUUCGGCUUCCAAAGCAAGAAGAUGUUGGCUCUAAAACAAUGGUCUGCAAGACUGUUGCCUGUCUCCUUUCUGAGGAUCUGGAGAUGAUACGGGCCUGCCAGCUCACAGAAUUUCUUUUAAGCCCUGCUCAGGAGGCCUUUGAUGUCCUCGAGGUCCUCUACACACGUCCUGAUCAAAAAUAUGAUGAGGAAAAUGCCAUUAUUCCAAAUUCCCUGCGCUGCGAACUUCUACUUGCUCUGAAAGCACACUGGCCAUUUGACCCUGAAUUCUGGGACUGGAAAACAUUGAAAAGGCACUGCAUUAGAUUAUUGGGGCUGGAACAGGAGGAAGAAGUGGAGGAUGAAGCAUCACCCGAGGAGCUGUAUAAUCUAGAAACCGUUUUGAAUGAAAAGGCAGAGGAGGAGGAGAGUGAUAAGUGUGAUUACAAUGGAUUUAGCAGCAAUGAACAAGAGCAGACAGUGGAGAAAACGGAUACAAUAAAGCAACAAAAAGUCUCAAAGAAAAAAGCACAAGUUCUUAAAUGCCAGAAGUACAAGUUUCUCUGCAAGAUAUGCCAUAAAGAAGUGGUUGAGUCAAGAAUCUGUCACCACACCAAAAAGCAUAUGGAGAAUGGUGUGUGGAGGUGUCCGAUAUGUCUGCAAGAGUUCAAAAGUAGGAAGGAGUUUGUGCCACACUCCAAAAAACACAUUCAGAUGCCUACAAAGGUCUGUCCAUGGAAAAAUAAAGUGAAGAAUGUGGACCCGAAAAAUUAUUUUGAGGAGGGUUUCGAUGACCUAGAACCUGGUCAAAUUCCUUUAGAUCCUUCCCUUGCUAUGUACUAUCAGUCCACCCAUGACCCUGUUGUAUUGGAACAUAUUUUAGAGCAAGCAGCCAAUGUGCCUAAAAAGCAAGAAGAAAAUGACUAUAUCACAUUUGACUACAUCAACAAAUACUUCAAAUUACAGGAUCGUGAUGUUUACCAAUGUCCAGCCACUGGCUGCUCAAAGAAUUUCAAACUUUUCAAGUACAUGGGUAUACACAUAAAAAAUGAUCAUGAUAAUGAAGACCCCAACGUGAAACAUUAUCUAGAGAUGAAAGACCGCCGGGAGAAAUGCACUUUCUGCCGGAAAACCUUUAUGACUACCUUCCACCAUCACAAGCACCGCCCGGUCCAUUAUGGAGAUCAUCCUUUCAUGUGUGUGAUCACCGGAUGUGGCGCUUGUUUUAACACCACCAAUGAACUCUUUGCUCAUAAACAUAGUCAUGGGUAUCGUUUGUCCUACAGCUGUGAUUUGAAAGGCUGCAGUUUUACCUACUGUGACCUGGGGCAGCUCUACCACCAUGAGGCACAGCACUUCCGCGAUGCUGCUUACACAUGCACUGGUCCAGGUUGCAAGCAAUUUUUCUACUCACGCAGAGAAUUUCUAAAGCACUUGGCCACCCAUAACAUCACUUUCACAGAGGAAGACUUUGAGAGGCAGAGAAAAAUUAAAAGGAAACUUUUGAUUUCAAAUGUAAGAGAUGUUAUGGGCUCUGGGUUAAAGGUGGAAUUAGAGAACGUCCAAAUAAGUGGUUCAAGUUCAUCAUCUCCGCUCUCGGAAUGCAAAGAAUCUAAGGCUUCAUUGACACAUGUUGCUGUUUGCUUUGAUGGCAAGAAAUUUACCUGUGGCCUAAAAAAGUGUGGGAGGACUUUCACUACCACCAGAGAUCUUCAGAAGCACUUGAAAAUUGCCCAUGCAGAUGAAUUUAAUGAGGAAGAACAAUUAUGGAAAAAAGGACAACCAAAGAAUUUUAAGACUCCAGGCAUUGCGUUGCAUAAACGUGGCCAGGAUAAUGGGUCAUCAACAGAUGAAUCUACUGAAGAAAAUGCUCUUUCACCUGGUGGUGAUUCUGUAGAUUGUGACACAACCCAUUCAGACAUGGAACUCAGUGCAACAGUAACUGAGAUCAUGCUUGGAUUGAGUCAACUAACCCUUAAUUCCCAAAGUGCCAGCAAUGGUAGGUGGAACGCACAGAGAUCUGUUUCAGGAUCUAACACUUCAGUGGUCACUUGCCCCCCUACCUUGAAUGCAAGAUCACCAGCCAAAGCAACAACAAACAACAAAAUUGAGCUGAGAACUCCUGUGGAAGGUAGUGAUUCAAAGAGACUUGCCAAAGCAACAACAAGCAACAAAACUGAGCUAAGAUCUCCUGUAGAAGGCAGUGAUUCAAAUAGACCCACCAAAGAAACAACAAACAACAAAAUUGAGCUGAGAACCCCUGUGGAAGGUAGUGAUUCAAAGAGACUUGCCAAAGCAACAACAAGCAACAAAACUGAGCUAAGAUCUCCUGUAGAAUGUAGUGAUUCAAAGAGACUAACCAGCAAGAUCGAAUCACCACAAACACCUGAUAAUAUUAAGGAAUCUGUCUUGGAGAAGGCUGAACCACAAAGUGAGAUCCUUGUGCAUCCCCAAACCCAGCCUUACACCUGUGAUGCUAAAAGCUGCCACCACCAGAGUACUACUAGUCAUGCUUUAAUGCAGCACUAUAUUCUGGUUCAUGGUUGCUCUUCAGAGGAGGUGAACCAGAUGGAGGUGUUUCAAUCUCAAACAUUGAAGCCUUUCAAAGCACUUGAUGAUAACGUUAAAGAUUCUGUCUUGGAGAAGGAUCAACCUCAAACUGAGUUCCAUGUGCAGCCCACAACCAAACCUUACACCUGUGAAGCUAACAAUUGCCACUACCAGAGUGUGACUAGUUGUGCUUUAUUACAGCACUAUAUUAAGAUCCACCACUACUCUGAGAAAGAGGUUAAAGAGAUGGAGGUUUUUCAGUCUCAAACAUUCAGGCCCUUCCAGUGCCAUCUCUGCUCCAAGUGCUACAAAAACAAAAUACAGUUGAGGAUCCAUUAUAGACGGAUGCAUUGCAUAAAUGAAGCAGUUGUUGAAGAGAUGAGUUGCUCUUCUAAAAAGAAGCUGGCCGAUGAGGAGCCUGUUUUGUCCACAUCCAAAAUAAAAAAGAGAAAGCAGUCACAAUCAUCAAAGGUGGAUGAGGUUAAAUCCCAAAGAAGAGAUGCGUGCAACUGGCAACAGCGAUGCCAAAAAAGAGAUUAUCGAUUGUGGACAAGGACACUAGAUAGGGAAAAUGGCAAAGUUAAAGCUGAAGAGAAAAGGCAGACCAGCAAAAAUGUAUCAUCACUGCAGCAGGUCGCUAAUGUGAACAAUUCAACGGAUGAUGGUAAGGGAAGCCACCGCUUGGUUGCAAAAGGGAACCUGAGCUACAUCCUCGGCAAAUGCAACAAAGCUUUUCCCUGCAUGCACACAAACUGCAAUGCUGCCUUCAGCAAUCAGAAAGGCCUCAAUGGCCACCUUCAGUUUAUACAUCACUAUAACCGCUCACAGUUGGGCUUCUCAUGUGCACACAAAGGAUGUGAUAAGCAAUUUAACCAUUAUUCUAGUCUUACUAGACACAACCGCCAAGUGCACAACCUUACCAGUAAGACAACUUCAAAAACAUCCUGCAGUGGGAAUACUAAGAACAUAAAAAGACAGACAGCCACAUUGGAAGAGCCCAUACCAAGGUUUAAGUGUACCUAUGCUAACUGUAAUGAAUCAUACCAUCUCAAAAGCAGCCUCUUGCGGCACACUAGUCAGUUUCACCGGAACCAGCCUCCCUCAAAUCCAGUUGCCUCUGCUGUGAACGGUGAGUUUAACACAAGCUAUAAAAAUCAUGUGUUACAUAGGCACUGUGAUCCCUCUGAUUCUCUUGUGGUGCGGCUUCAGAGUACACCUAAAAAAGAGUCAAAUAGUGGAUGCCAAACUAAGCUGAUCAUCUCACCCUCCUCUCAAUCAUCAAAAGUCUCUCCAAAGCGAACUCUCAAGCAGUCUUUAAGAUUCUCUCGCAAGGGCCAGGAACUUGCUCAGUCUGAGGAGAACUUUGAGUCGAUUGAAGAAACAACAGAGUUUGUCUUCCGAACACAUGAGGAGGCUUUGCAGAUGUGCCAAGAUCGCUGCCUGCCAGUGGCCUUCCCUUGCAUGGUACAGAACUGUGACUCUGUGGUUACAACUAAGCGUAGUUUGAAGCGACAUUACAUGUGUUGUCACAAAGUUGCAUGCAAACAGUUGGCUGAUUAUAUGGACCAGUUGUUUUACACUACUGAAAAACUUGAGGAGAUUAUACAAAAGAAAUCUGCUGUUUCUGCUACAUCUGAUUUAACACGGAUUCCAAAUGGUGUCCUAAAAAUGGAGUACCAAGCAGAGCCUUCGACCCCAGGUGGCCCAUCACUGCCAAUGAGCCUCCAUUCUAUUAAAACUGAGUCAAAGGGGCAGGAAGUGAUUCAUUCUUUUGAAUCAGAGUUUUCAGGGGAGUCACACCAUGACAGCAAUUUGCUUAUUGCCGCAGAUGAUUUGCUCUAUGGGGAAUCAAGUGGGCAACCUGAAGAGCCUAUUUCUGAGGAGGGUCAAACCCACGAGAAGAGGUCAAGCGCACCUCCCCUUAUUCGUCCCCCACCAUUGGACCUCUCGCCACCCUCUACCCUCAGAAUAGCUUUUGAUGAAAGUACAUUUGAACCCUCCGUUAGAGACAGUUAUAGUAAAUCCAUUAACAUUCCUUCCUCUGUUUCCAUAUCAGCUCUGACCACAACCCGGCAACCUCUCAGACGGAAGAAUGAACUCUCUGAAGCACCAACCCUAGUCUCUCAUUCACCAAUCUCAAAGGAUCCUCGAACACACAGUCUAGUCCCACGAGCUUUUGACAUCGCAACUUACAAACCAAUUGGCUUUGAGUCAUCAUUCUUGAAGUUCAUUAAGGAGAAGGAAGAAGAGGUUAAAUAUGACAAGCAGUGGACUGCAGUAGUAACUAAUCCUUGUCUCAAGCCAGAUCUACCUCGUCGGCGAGAUAGUUUACGACGCAAUUGCUCAGUUAAAGAGAACAAUGAGAGAGGAGCCACAAUCUCUCGAAGCCGCAGGUCUCGAUCAUCACCUUUGAGGCAUUUGAUCUCUAAAGAAGAGUGUACCUCAAUCCAGAAUCUCCGGCUCAUUAUGGAGAGGGCUUUAAGGGGGUUUGGAGACCAAGCUAUAAAACAGCUGCAGUUCUUGAAGCCUGUGGUGGUUCUAGAGAGGCCCAAGUCCUCUGCCUCCAUUCUUGAUCUUUUACCCUCUGAAACAAAAGCUUAAGCUUCUACAUUGCUCUUAAGGCAGUUAAACGCUAGCCCACUUUUUUUUUUUAUUUGAAAGACUUUCAUAGUAUUUUUUUAUAUCAUGGAUUCAUUUUUUUUUUUUUUUUCUGGUGCCAGGGUUAGGCACCUUCUUUAAGUUGUGGCUGUUAAUAUGUGUGUAUAUAAGGUUGAAUGAAAAAAUAAAAAAGUAAAAAGCUUAUUAAAUUUUGAACA